CUUUAUGAACAGAACUGAAGCUCAGCUGCCUCCAAGAAAGCGUACACUGACCAGAGGUAAAUCAUUUAAAUAAACUGUGUUUGCUUCAACCUCACAUUACAUCACAAUCACACAUUCUGCAGUGUUUCCAAAGCAGUUGUGGGCAUUGUUUCUCCAGCACAGGUAAGGCAGCACAGGCACCGUGUUCAGCCAAAGCCCUUUUCUGGACCGUGGCAGACACAAGAACAGGAGAGGCCACUCCUGACCCUCCAGCUCAGUGUGCUGGCCCCCACCAGCCAUGCACCUGCCACCUCUGUGACACUGGAGUUCAGUCACACCCAGGUGGGCUCCUAUGCAUCCCCUUCAAUGAGUGAUGACCUGAUGCUGAAAAAUGACAGAUACUCCCUCUGGAUGCAAAAUAAACAGAGAAGUUCAAAAAGCACACCUGGAGCAGAGAGGAGGCUCCAGGAACAGCAGCAGUUGGCAGCAGCCCCUGGUGAGGAGACAGCAGAGGAAUGAGGGCCAUCCCUACCCAUGUGCCCAGAGCGGGUCUGUGAAGGCAGGGAAGAUGCCAGAAGGAGAGAAAAUGAGACAAUGUAAGCAAGAGGAGGAGCAGCAGCAGAAAGAAGAGGAGCGCGAGGGUCUCAUCGAAUUCUACAGUUCCUACCAGGAGCUGUUCCAGUUCUUCUGCAGCAACACAACCAUCCACGGGGCUAUCCGCCUGGUGUGCUCCAAAAAGAACAAGAUGAAGACAGCCUUCUGGUCCGUUCUCUUCUUUCUCACCUUCGGCUUAAUGUACUGGCAGUUCGGGAUCCUCUACAGGGAGUACUUCAGCUACCCUGUCAACCUCAACCUCAACCUGAACUCCGACAGGCUGACUUUCCCGGCCGUGACGCUGUGCACCCUCAACCCGUACAGAUACAGCGCCAUCCGAAAGCAGCUGGAUAAACUGGACCAAAUCACCCACCAGACACUGCUAGACCUCUAUGACUACAACAUGUCUCUGCCACAAAGAGACUGGUCCACAUCGUCCACACAAAGGCGUAGCUCAAGGAGCCUGCUCCAUCAUGUCCAGCGCCAUCCUUUGCGGAGGCAGAAGCGGGAUAACUUAGUCAACUUGCCAGAGAACAGUCCCUCAGUGGACAAGAAUGACUGGAAAAUUGGCUUUGUUCUGUGCAGUGAAAACAACGACUGUUUCCACCAGGCGUACUCCUCGGGAGUGGACGCUGUGCGGGAAUGGUACAGCUUUCACUACAUCAAUAUCCUGGCGCAGGUGCCGGAUGCAAAAGCCCUGGACGAGUCUGACUUUGAGAAUUUCAUCUAUGCUUGCCGCUUCAAUGAGGCAACAUGUGACAAGGCGAACUAUACCCACUUCCACCAUCCAUUAUAUGGGAACUGCUACACCUUUAAUGACAACAGCAGCAGCCUGUGGACAUCCUCGCUGCCUGGAAUCAAUAAUGGUCUCUCUCUGGUGGUGCGCACCGAGCAGAAUGACUUCAUCCCUCUGCUGUCCACGGUGACAGGAGCCAGGGUCAUGGUCCACGACCAGAACGAGCCAGCCUUCAUGGAUGACGGGGGUUUCAAUGUUCGUCCUGGCAUCGAGACCUCCAUCAGCAUGAGAAAGGAGAUGACCGUGCGCCUUGGGGGCAGUUACAGCGAUUGCACAGAGGAUGGCAGUGACGUGCCAGUGCAAAACCUGUACUCGUCCCGCUACACCGAGCAGGUCUGCAUUCGCUCCUGCUUUCAGCUCAACAUGGUAGAACGCUGUGGCUGUGCAUAUUACUUCUAUCCCUUGCCCGAUGGAGCGGAGUACUGUGACUACAUGAAGCACACAGCCUGGGGCUACUGCUAUUACAAACUCCUGGCUGAAUUCAAAGCUGAUGUGCUGGGCUGUUUCCACAAGUGUCGGAAGCCUUGCAAAAUGACAGAAUACCAGCUGUCAGCUGGAUACUCCCGCUGGCCUUCUGCUGUCUCAGAGGACUGGGUUUUCUACAUGCUUUCACAACAGAACAAAUACAAUAUCACAUCCAAGAGGAACGGAGUUGCCAAAGUGAAUAUCUUUUUUGAGGAGUGGAACUACAAGACCAACGGGGAGUCUCCAGCCUUCACGGUAGUGACUCUGCUGUCCCAGCUUGGGAACCAGUGGAGUCUCUGGUUUGGAUCCUCUGUCCUGUCUGUGAUGGAGCUUGCAGAGCUGGUUCUGGAUUUCAUUGCCAUCACCUUUAUCCUGGCCUUCCGCUGGUUCCGCUCUCGGCAGAAGCUGUCUCCACCGGGACCCCCUGUGACCAGUCAGGAUAACACUGCUUUCCAAGAUGAGGCACCAGCCCUCAGUGCUCCACAUCGCUUCACUGUUGAGGCUGUAGUGACCACGCUGCCAUCCUACAACAGCCUGGAACCACGUGGGCCAAGCAGGGAUGGCGAGGUGGGGCACGAGUGAGGCAGCAGCUCCUUCCACUGUUCAGAUGGGUGGCAGCUGGAGCAAAGGCUGCACACUUUGUCUGCGGGGCCUGCGUUUCCUUCUUUCUGGGGUGCUGCACGUGGACCAUAGCAAAAGACUGCUCCGUGGCUGGCCUGGGCUCGUUGCUUUCACUUCUGUAGGCAAAU